CGCGCUGCGCCGCUAUUAAAUCCCUGGCAUUUAGAAGUACAGUAGUAUUACCGAGAAGAGAAAGGCACGUAGCUACAAGAGCCAAUAGGUCUGAGGCUGGAUUUUCAUGAGUGGAUCUGCUAUGCUCUUCUGAAGCACACAAUUUAAAACAAACGUCUUAACUCAGGGAAUGUUUGAACUGUGGAAGAGAACGGGCAAGCACUGUGCAGGGGCAGCUGAGAGGCAGUUCAUUAUUGUGGAUGCAGUCCUACACAGCUAAGGAAAAUAACAGAGGAAGUGGUUUAAACAUAAGCAUGGCACAGACGGACAAUGGAACAUCACAUAAUGGUUAUGUUCCUCAUUAUCUUCUAAGUGGUGAUCCUUUUGCCUCAAAACUAUCAAAGGAAGCAGAUUUUGUAGCUGCAUUCUACAUCUGCAUUGUAGGGAUUAUGUCAACAAUAGGAAAUGGCUAUGUCAUUUUCAUGACCUUCAAACGGAAGACCAAGUUAAGACCUCCUGAACUGAUGACAAUGAAUUUAGCAAUCUUUGAUUUUGGAAUUUCAGUUACAGGAAAACCUUUCUUUGUUAUCUCAAGUUUUUCGCACCGCUGGCUGUUUGGAAUGGAAGGCUGUCGAUUUUAUGGCUGGGCUGGCUUUUUCUUUGGGUGUGGCAGCCUCAUCACAAUGACUGUAGUCAGCCUGGAUCGAUACUUAAAGAUUUGCCAUUUAAGAUACGGUACAUGGCUGAAGAGGAACCAUGCCUUUCUGUGCUUAGGUUUUAUUUGGUCCUAUGCUGCAUUUUGGGCCACCAUGCCAUUGAUAGGAUGGGGGAAUUAUGCACCUGAACCUUUUGGCACAUCGUGCACUUUGGACUGGUGGCUUGCACAAGCUUCACUUUCAGGGCAGAGCUUUGUGAUGUCAAUAUUGUUCUUCUGCCUCGUCCUUCCUACUGCAAUAAUUGUUUUCUCCUAUGUCAAGAUUAUUUUCAAAGUCAAAGAAUCAGCCAAAGAAGUUGCCCACUUUGACACCAGGAAUCAAAAUAGCCAUAUUCUGGAAAUAAAACUUACAAAGGUGGCAAUGCUGAUUUGUGCAGGAUUCCUGAUAGCCUGGAUCCCAUAUGCUGUUGUGUCAGUGUGGUCUGCGUUUGGGAAACCUGACUCAGUUCCUAUUCCAGCUUCUGUAGUGCCCACCUUGCUUGCCAAAUCGUCAGCUAUGUACAAUCCUAUUAUUUACCAGGUUAUUGAUUGUAAAAAUACCUGUGUGAAACUAUCCUGCUUUAGAACCUUCAAGAAACGGAAAUAUUAUAACACCUCAAGGUUUUAUUCAAUUUCUGCAGCAGUAAAAGGUACAUCAGCAGUUGAAUGCCACACAGAAAUAUGAAAACAAGAACUCUUAUUUAUUCUGUGUUUGGACACAGCUUUGGAAAGACACCUUGUUAUCUGUGCACUUGACCCCCUAUUGUUUUAGGCCUGGUCAAAUUUAGAAUUUAUACAAAACAGUAUAUUUCUUCCUUAUUGUUAAAUAUCUGGUGCUGUUAGAUUUGUCUGUAGAGUUUAAUGUUCUAUUGUCUGAAUCUGAAAUCCAAGCCAGCACUAAAAGCUAUGGGUUUUUUACAUUUUGGAAAGCUCUUUAUGCACUCACACUUUCAAGUCACAUUUUCUUCAAGUAAUUUUCUAUUACCUCAAUUGUAACAUACAUGAUGGUCUGUGUCUUCUUAGUCAGCUCUGGCUAGGGAUGUACAGUUUCUUACCAUUGUAUUUCUUUAUUCAGAAGCAGUAGCAGCUGCUUGCGGACAUACUAAAGAAAAAAACAUAUGAAUUCUCAGAUUUUCAUAUCAAUCACAAAAUAAGAGCAAUAUAAAAUCAGAAUGCAAACACUUCCAAAAGUCUGUGCACAAAACAUUUUAAAUGAUUUAAGAUAUAAAAAUAAUAUAUAGCAUGUAUUUUCAUGCAAGUUAUGCACCAUAUUAAUGUUUUUUGGGUGAAUCUCUUUUCAACAUGUGGUGAUACAUUUUCAUCUACAUUACAUCUACUGUCCUCAGUAGCAUGGCACAGUUGAAAAAAGUACUUUUGAAUUUCUUAUCUGCCAUUACCACUGCUCCACUCUGUUUUAUUUUUCAUCCAUGGAGUAGUUGAGGGUGGCUUGAUUAUAAUAGCAGCGGUCAUACACCCUCCACCUACAGGCCAAAAAUAAUUCCCUGAGAAAUAGUGAAUUGGGUGUCAAGAACAUAAUGAUGAACUCUGAAUGUGCUGUGAGUCACACUUGUACUACCAAUGUGUUAUGGAUGUUUACAUUAUCCCAGAGCAUGACAAAUGUAAUUGACUCAUUGGCUAGGCAAGGUGAUUGUUCAGCAAAUCCAGAAAAUACAGCAGAUGGGCUACAUUGUAUGCCCUUGGGCACAGGACUUUGUGCCACAAUACCAUUUUGUAAUAUGGCACUGCACAUCAUUAUGUUCUCUUCCUGCUUUCUCUGCACAUAGACUGUCAGGCUAUUCAGUAGCAUUCUGAAUCACAGCACCAACAUUUGUCCUGAUUGAAGCUCAUUUCAUCAAGGUACAUGAAUUUGUGGUUCUUGACAGGUGCAUCAAAUUCCAUCUUCCUCUGAAAAAGCAUAUUUAUUCUAUUACAAGUUUUGUAUUUUGCACAACAAUGUUCACAGUGUUCCUAUUGCACUACAGAACAUGUCUUAGAUAUGUAUGUGCACAUGGACACAUGUAUAGUUUCUAUUCACAAAGAAUCUGCUCACAUUGUAGCACAAUUACUUGGUCUAAAAAACAGUGAAUUCACACCAGCAGUACAGUAAUGUGAAAAUGUAUUCAACAUUUUCUGUAAUAUCAAAUAGACAAAUACAGUAUAUUAACUAACUUACAGAUUUUCAGUCCAAAAACAGUAAUUGAGGCAGCAGCCCUGAUUUCCUCAGAUUUAGUUGGAUAUCCAGGAACCAUUUCAGACAUUUGUUUAUGACAUUGUAAGUUAUAAUUACUUCAAUUUAAUUUGUGGAUAUCAGUAUGUAUUCAUAGCUGUCCUUGACCAUAACCAACAACUUUAUAUGUCUGCUUUGCAUUGUUGCAAACUGCUACUGUUUCUUCACAUCCUGUUAUGGAGAGAUGUGAUGAUUAUCAGUAUUUUUCCUUAAAUUCUCACAUGGACAAGGUCAUUUGCUGUAAGGAGUUAUAAUUCUCUCAAAACAAAACAUUAUUUGAGUAGUUUUCAUGGAUAGCAAUUAGCAUUUGAAAGAUGUCUUUAUUUGAGACAGUAGUAUCCCAAAAAUUGAGUAGGCCAUUAAACAGAUUUCACAUUUUGUAUGUUAGCCUGAUAUACUGUGUCUGACAUUUAGAGUUUUACAACAGUUUUUUUCUUUAAUUGAGAGUUUUACACUUAGACACAGUAAGAAAAACUACAGUGAUUUCUGUAAAUAAUGAGAUAAAUAGGGAAGAUUUCCGUAUGGGUUGUGCAGGAAUCACCAUUGGCUACUUUCAGGAUAAAGAAUUGUGUCUUUUGGAUGACACAGUCUCUCGUUCUCUGUGUGCUGAUUCCACUUGUCACCUCUCUGUGACAAACCCUUCUCCGUACUGAGCCACUCGAAAAAGAAGAGAAUUGGAUUCCACAUUAUGAGAACACUAGCUUUUCAAUUAUUGUUGACUUUGUCAGGUUGUGAGAGUAGCAUUUUGUAGACAAUUUAUCAUUUUAAUACCAUUCCUAGAAAGGUGACCAGCAUGAAUGGAUUUGAAUAUGGUGAUUGUAACCCCCAUCAAGUGAUUUGCUGAUUCUUAACUUCACAUAUGGGACAGGUAGUUUUAGGAAAACCUAAAUGUUUGUCAUACAAUAUAAUAUUACGUAUCUCUGUUAAUGUUCUGAUUAUUUAACUGUCAUCUUCGUUCUUUGUGCCAGUGAGUUUUUAGCUAAUACACAGUAGAUUUAACAAGAACAUCUCAUGUGAACUGAAUCUUUCCUACUUGAGAUGUCCAUCUGCUUUCAUAAAAUAGGAUCACAGGAAGCAAAUUCUACUUUAACAAUGCAGUUUUUGCUAUUUAAAUAUAAUAAGAUAUGUUUGAUAACCAACUAUAUUCAGUGACUUCUGAGCAAGAGAAAAAUAAUACAAAAUAUUCUGGGUAUUUUGCAGUUUAAGACAAAAAUAUGUAGUUUUUCCUAAAAACAUGAACCAUAUGCUUUGUUUUUGAGUGUUUGUUUUGGAGGAACAGUAUCAUUGUCAUGGAAAUCACUCCAAAAAUGAAUGGUCACUUCUUGUCAGUUCAGAGAGAAGAAAAAAACAAGAAAAUAUGUUGAAAAUAAAAUAGUUUUUAUUCUAUGUUAUGCAGUAACAUAUGCAGAAUCUCAGGUAUUUAACCAACCUUCAGUAGUAUGUUGCAUUUGUUCAUACAGUGUUCAUGAUUUAACAUAUAGAUUGAAGAUGUUGUUUAGUCUCACCUUUAAGUUACAAAGCAGCUGUUGUGCACUCAAUGUUAUCUGAAGUUUUUCUUUGGCACAUAUUCCAAACAAUCUCUCAGGAAAAGACUGUGGGCUCUAAUCUUUAAUAGUUUUCUCCAUACUGAUCGACAUAACUAAAAGAUCCAACACUGAACUUUUACCUAAUCAAAGACGUGUUUAGUAUACAGUACUUUAUACUGUACAAGCUGAAUACAUGUUCAUUUAAGACAGUGAGAUACUUCUUUCAUUACUGUGUUAAAUCUUUUAUUUAAUUAGAAUGUGUAUAAAUUGCCUAUAAAAAGCAGAAUGGACCCUGCACAUGAUCUGGUUUUAUUUCCAGAAAAAAACAUUCAUGUAUUUUUAUUAAAUUUUAGUUUGAUGUAAUACUUAAGAUUUGCUGGCUGUGCAUGUGCUUUGUUUAAUUUUGUCUACAUAAAAAAUUACAGAUUUCACAUGUAGUUUAAAUGAUCAUACACAUAUAAAUACAGUAGGUAGUUUUGCAUAUAUGACAGAAUGAACCUCUGAUUUUGGACACAGAGAGGCAAUGAACUAAAAUAUAUGGAUUAAGCUUAAUGGAACCAGUAUGAAAGAAGAACUGGAUUGGUUUGCAAACUUUAUUUAAAUAUCCUUUGAUAACGACUUGAAUAUUUCAUAAAUAUUUCAUAUUUCAAAAACCAUGUGCAUUGGUUUAGUGAAGCCUUUAACCUCUCUAAAUUUGUGAUACAGGGGUACUGGUAAAAACAUCUGAACAUGCAAUAAUUGUAAAAUGAUGUAUGUAUCUGAAUAAUACUGUCAUUAUACAUUAUGAGACUAAUGUCCCUUUCUGCUGCCCAGUUGGCAAUCCAGAGCUAAACCAUCUGAAGGAUUUCUGAACAUACUGUACUAUAUUCAGUUCAUGAUUUUAAAACAGCAACAGUGAGUUUGAUGGAAGGAAGACUAAUUUCCAGCCAAUACAUUCAAGAAUAUUACACAUUCUGUUGUCCAAUAGCACUGUUACUCUUUAAGAGAAUAAAGCAAAUUGAUAAAGCAAAAUUUCUGAAUGAAUAUUGUUUAGACAUAUUGUUUUGUAUAGUGUUCGACCGGUCUGUGCAUUGUGGUGUAACUAAUAAAGCACUAUUGUAAAAUAAAGUAUAUAUGUCAAUUUCAGCAAUACUACCAUGUGUUUGUGUACUGCAUUGCAGUUUUCUAUGCUCCAUUUACAUUUAUGGGGUUUUGACUUUUCUUCUGUAUGGUAUAUUUAAUUAAGUGUGCAGUUUAUGAGUUUUAUUAAUGUUUUUUCAGCUGCUUUCAAGUAAGGAUGUUUAUUGGGUUUUGAUAAUAACUACAGACAAUAGAGACCCUUAUACUACAUAUUUA